AUGUACUACAAUGAAAGUACAGAGCAGUUGCUGACCUUCACUCAGAGAAAUACUGAAAUCGAUGGAGAUCAGAUAAAACCGGUACCAGUGGCAGAAAGGAGAAUAAUAAUAACGCAUACAACUACAAUAGAAGUUCAGAGUAACAAGAAUCUAACCAUUCGUCCGGAGAGGAGAAACGAGGAGGAUGAUAUCCACGAGAUUAUGCCCCUUACAACUAAUUUGGUGUGCUUUUGCCUUGCACAUGAAAUCAAAUUUCUUAACCCGAUGACAAGACAGAUUGCAACAGUUGAUUGGCCGAAGAUUAUGGACUCCCUUGAAAAUUGUGCGAAGGCUUUUGAGUAUAUAUCUUCUAGAAAUGAAUACACCUUUAUGUCACCCUGUUUCCCUCCAAAUCAUGGAUAUUUCUAUCGAUGUACCCUUUCAUUUGAGCCUUGUUUGCGGAUAAAUCAACUGAUUGAUAAGCCCCGCAGCUGUUUGGGACCAGAGUCUACUGAGUUGCUGGUUUCAUUUGACACAGAGAUGGAGACUUUUCAGUUAAUUCAUGCCCCUCCAACUCCUAUAUUCGUUACUGUUAAUUGUUUCCCUAGAGUGAAGAUCUUGGAUUAUCGAGAGACUAUGUGCGUAACUAAGGAGAACUAUAUUUAUAUGAGAGAUAUGAAUUUUGAAAUGUGGGCCUGGGAAUCAGGGGAAGACAAUUCAGAGAGUUGGAGAUGGAGAAGGGUAUUUGAAAACAGAAAUUUCUCCGUUGCUGAUCUAACAGUUUAUCCUGGUACUUGUCCAUACAAUGGCGAAUGGGUAUAUCCUGUCAUUCUCAGCCACAAAUCUUCUCCUACCGGAGAAUUCAUUUUAAAGGGCAUCGCUCCAUUCCAUCUUUAA